UGAAUAUGACUUUUGAAAAAGCUCUAAGACUCUUCAAGGUGAUCCACACUUGUGGUUUCGACUGUCAUAUGGAAUCGAAUCAUUUCCAAAAAACCAUAUAAUACAGACGCAUUGAUAGAGGAAUGCCCAUUUGGAUUAAAACACCGAUACCAUAAAGUUCAUUUUGUAGACUCUUACUUUUUUCGUGUGGAUUUUCUGUGAAGAAUGUCUCGUGAGACAAAAAUUAUUGCUCUACUUCUGGUGUCAGUGGCAAUUUGUGGUGUUAUCUGCCGACCAGCAAAUGAAGAAAGUGAGAAUGACGAAAAGAAUGAUUUGGAAACAUCAGAAUUUUUCUUCUGGCCCAAACUUUUCUACUGGCCAAAGGCAGCUGUUGUCGUAAAACCAGCCCCUGUUGUCACAUAUGACUAUCAACCUGUGAAUUACACGUACUAUAGACCAGUUUGGACCCCAUAUACGGUGACUGUGCAAAAGCCCGUUGCAGUUGCAGUGGCUGCACCAGCAGUCGAGGCUGCUCCCGUUGUUGCCGCCACCAAAGGUGUCUCAGUCAAUGUCGGAGUUGGCAAAAAAUGAUCCGACUGAGAAAAUGUUUUAAGCAAAAAAAAAACUUCAAUCUCAAACAAGAAUUUCCUCCCCUUGCCCUUCAGCCGAAAUCCUCCAAAUUCCAAUGCUGAAUUAGCGUAAACAGGAACAUAAUUUUUGUAAAAUUAUCAAUAUGUAUAUCUCAGAUAAUAAAUUAAAAUUAUUUCUAAAUUAUUUUAAAUACACGCAUCACACAGACAGGCAAAAGGAAACGUUGACUGAUUGUGAUUCACAAAAAUCUCAUAUAGAAGCGGAAAAUCCCACACACCGCGCGUACAUUAAGAGAUUCUGCAACAAGUUGUUACACCAUGAACUUCCUUCAAGGCAAUCCAGGUAUAUAGAGAGGGGAUAAUUCUAAGACGCUUAUUCUCCCUCAUACGUUGUGUUCAUCAUCCCAAUGUUCGCUUAUAAACAACAAAAUCACCAAUUUGAUGCCCAAAAUCUAAAAAGAACUCCUGGUGAAAACAUCAAACCGCGCAAGGGAAGUGUGAAAUAUAACCAAAUUAUUCUAUCCUGAUACAUCUAUCCUGAUACACUGUCCUGCUUUCACAAUCCUUUUGAAAUAAAUUAAUCAUGAAAGUGAUUUUA